ACAGGUUCAGUAUCCCCUGCGAUGGCGCAUCAAGCUGACAACCCGUCGUCCCCUCGGUCGUCGAGCGGAGGAGCCGAUUCCUUCAAGGGAACGCCCGACACUCGACUGACCUCGCUGACCCCAGACGAAGGCUCAAAGUCUAGCCUGCUCAAAAGCUUUGCCCGCUCAGCUGCUGCCACCACGUCGCCGGCGAGGCUUCCUACCAGCAGCUUUCGCAAUGCGGUAUCGCACCUGGACAAGGACCCCUUCAUCACCUCCAUCCAGGGCGUCGGCACGAGGUUGUCCCCCACGGCCUCGGCGUUCAGCCCUUUUGGCGGCAACACUUACGUACGCUUGCCCACGGGAGACGGUCCCAUCUCCGCUGCCCUGAGCACCGAUAUGGGUUUGUCGAGGAUCCUCUUCAUAUCCUCGCCCGCUCAGGUUUCCGCGCGCGAGGUGGAGGCUCUUCUGACGGAGCUGGGACAAGAUGGCAGUCCUACUUAUGGCGCCAGGAGCCUCAAGACUCACAGUGCCGGUGUGUUUGUGUAUUUUACAGACAUCAGAGACGCUUGUGCCACACAGACGAAGCUUCACCAAGUUGACAAAGACUGGAAGAUUGCCUUUGCCAACCCGACACGCGUGGGCCAAACUCAAGGCACUCACCUGGACAUGGGCCACAGCGCAGUCGGUCUUUCUCACACAGGUCAAAUCCAAAUCUUUGCCGCGGUCCCGCCAGGAGCUGUCAUCGACCCAGUCCAAACUAUGGGAGUGGCUCAUCGGUUUUUGCAGUCACACGGCCGCUUGUUUGCCUUUGUCCGGCUGUCCACCUUCCCCAACGGCUCCUUCAGGGCUGUUGCUGAGUUUUGUGACACUACCGCUGCCUUUCCUGUCAUACAAGCUUGUAGCGGCGGUGUCUCCACAGAGGGCGUCCAAAUCUUUGCAUCAGCAUACCACUUGGACAGUCUCUCUGCCUCGGGGAUCACCGAAGCAAUGGAGGACUUGAGUGUCAACAAGAGAGCAGAUGAUGCCGACCAGCGUCUUGGCUCUGUGAGCCCCAACUCGUCUCAGGCUGGACAAAAUGACCAGCACUACAACGCGCCUGUUGCCAUGUACCCGCUGAUGUUUCAGACGCCGUUCACUCCUGCCGUGCCCUACAUGCUGGAUUCCUUCCUUCCGGCAGCCCAGACAGGCUCUAGCAGCCCAUUGACGCCGUUCACUCCUCAGUACCCCAUCUUUGGAACUGUGUAUCAGACGCCACCCUCCCCAGCUCUCACAGCUCAGAACAACUACAGUCCCUCUAGGAACUUUUCGGGUGCUGAGAGAGCAGAUGCCCGUCGACAGAAUGCGAUGCGGGUCAGCCGAUCCACCUAUCACAGCACCACGACUCAUCAUAAUCAUGUUGACAUCAACCGCAUUCGUGAUGGCAUCGACGUUCGCACUACGAUUAUGCUUCGAAACAUCCCCAACAAAGUAGACCAAGCCAUGCUCAAAAGAAUUAUUGACGAGUCCAGUUGGGGAAAGUACGAUUUCAUGUACCUUCGCAUCGAUUUUGCCAACGACUGCAACGUUGGAUAUGCAUUCAUCAACUUUGUAGACCCUCUGGAUAUAAUCGAUUUUGUCAACGCCCGCGGAAACCAACGCUGGAACUGCUUCAAAAGCGACAAGGUGGCAGAGAUUUCGUAUGCCACCAUUCAGGGAAAAGACUGCCUAGUGCAAAAGUUUCGAAAUAGCUCUGUGAUGCUAGAGGCACCUCAUUAUCGCCCAAAGCUGUAUUAUACUUCGAAUGGCCCGAUGCCAGACCUUGCCGGACAAGAAGAGCCGUUUCCCGAGCCCGACAAUCAGUCAAAGAUGAAGCGAAGCUGCGAGAAUGCCGAGCAUGUCGGACUCUUCACGCCCAACGCCGGACAGCACUUUCGCGAUGAGCAGCGACGCCGACGAUCUCAAUAUGACCGAGGCACUCGCCUUGCGGCCCUUGAGGAGUACGACUAUGAGACAGCCAUACAGCACCUUUACGGCAGCACGGCUUAG